UCUUGUCUAAGCUUUUCCUUAGGAGGAAGAAAGACUAUUGUUCCUAGAGAGAGAAAAAGGAGAAGAAGAUAGCAAGAGAGGAGGAAAAACCUCUCUUAUAUAUACACUUGAAGAAAAUCUAGGACAGAGGGACACAAGGAAGAGAGAGAGAGAGAGAGAGAGUAACAAGGUGACAUGGGUCGACCACCUUGCUGUGAUAAAGUAGGCGUAAAGAAAGGGCCAUGGACUCCUGAAGAAGACAUCAUCUUGGUUUCUUAUAUCCAAGAACAUGGUCCUGGGAAUUGGAGAUCUGUUCCUACCAAUACAGGUUUGCUUAGAUGCAGUAAGAGUUGCAGGCUAAGAUGGACUAACUACCUAAGGCCAGGGAUCAAACGUGGAAACUUCACUGAUCAUGAGGAGAGGAUGAUAAUCCACCUUCAAGCCCUUUUGGGCAAUAGAUGGGCUGCCAUAGCUUCUUACCUUCCUCAAAGAACAGAUAAUGAUAUCAAGAAUUACUGGAAUACCCAUUUGAAAAAGAAGCUCAAGAAGCUUCAGACAGGAGUUGAUGGGAAUAACAGAGAUGGGUUCUCAGGGUCACAGAAAAUCUCCAAAGGUCAGUGGGAGAGAAGGCUUCAAACUGACAUUCAUAUGGCUAGGAAGGCUCUAUGUGAGGCCUUGUCCUUGGAGCAUCCAAGCGAUUUGUCAGACUUGAAGGCCUCCAAUGGUAGCUAUAAUUCAUGCAUGAGACCGAUCCAGACUUCAACAUAUGCAUCUAGCACAGAGAACAUAUCAAGAUUACUUCAAGGAUGGAUGAAAAAUUCACCAAAAUCUUCAAAAACCACCUCAGAGACAACUCAAAAUUCCUCAAACAACAACAUUGUAUCACCUGAAGCUUUGGAAUCAUUAUUUGGUGAUGUCUCUCAAUCUGUGUCUCAUGAUGAAACAGUGAAUUUCUCACAGGAAAUUAGCUCCUUCCAAUUUGAAAGCAAGCCAAUUCUGGGAAGUGAAGAAGCCCCUCUUUCUUUGCUUGAGAAAUGGCUGUUGGAUGAAGGUGCUCAAGAGCAUGAAGAGGAUGACCUGAUGGAGGCUUCACUACGCGACACUGCCGAGUUGUUCUGAAUCUCUUCUUCCUUUUUUUGGGAACUAUAGCUUGGAGUCCUUCCUUUUUUAUUUUCCCCUUGUUUUGUUCUUUAGUUUAAGCAGAUUCCUCCAUCAAAGAAAAGAGAAAUGUAAAUUACAGUAACAUCAAUUAAUUAUGUCCUAGUCUGAUAUGAUUAAUGUUA